AUGGACAACGAGCAGCCUCACCAAGAGUUGGUGAAGUGUGUGGUGGUUGGGGACACAGCUGUGGGCAAGACACGCCUGAUAUGUGCCCGGGCAUGCAACAAGCAUGUCUCACUAUCACAGCUUAUGACCACACAUGUACCAACUGUGUGGGCCAUAGACCAGUAUCGAAUAUAUAAAGAUGUUCUAGAAAGAUCUUGGGAAGUUGUAGAUGGUGUGAACGUAUCCCUACGUCUUUGGGACACUUUUGGAGAUCAUGAAAAAGACAGAAGAUUCGCUUAUGGAAGAUCGGAUGUCGUUCUCCUAUGUUUCUCUAUAACAAACCCCAUAUCUUUGAGGAACUGUGGAGCAAUGUGGUAUCCGGAAAUCAGACGUUUCUGCCCUAACACACCGAUUUUAUUAGUUGGAUGUAAAAACGAUCUUCGCUACAUGUACAGAGAUGAAACAUAUUUGAACUACUGUAAAGACCGCAGCCCUUUUAUUAGGGCUCCAAGAAAAAGUGACCUAGUAAUGCCAGACCAAGGGCGCGCCUUAGCCCAUGAGUUUGGAAUAUAUUAUUAUGAGACAUCAGUAUUUACUUACUAUGGAGUAAAUGAGGUUUUCGAGAACGCCAUCAGAGCGGCUCUUAUUGCAAGGAGGCAGCAACGGUUCUGGAUGACCAAUCUGAAGAGAGUCCAACGACCUUUGUUACAGGCCCCAUUCCGGCCCCCAAGGCCCAUGGAGCCCGAGGUAGCCGUGGUCAACAGCACUUACUUGGAGAACAUGACCACAUUGUUGCGGCAACAGUAUUUCUCGGACAUGGUAAUAAUAUGCGGCGCGAAGGGUUUCCCGGUGCACCGCUUCAUGUUGGCGGCGGCGUGCGAGGCCUUCCACCGCCUGCUGGCGACGGACGCCGUCACUCUCUCCGCCGACCUCGCGCGCAGCUCCAGCGAGAGCAGUAUGGUGAGCAGUAUGGGCGAAGCGACUACGGGCGAGUUCAAUGAGGACACCGAAUACUUGAUACGACAGGACCAGGCCAAACAGAUGAGGGUAUGGGAUCAGAUAAAACGGCGCUCGUCGUGUCAGAUUCUGCCUCUGAGUGACAGCUGUAAGAAACCUCCGGACUUAUAUCGGGAGGUCAAUCAUCCUGCCAUCAACUCUAUCAGAGUUGUCAAGUGCGACAAAAUCCAACACGCGACCUCUCAAACACAAACCAUAGUUACUAUGAGCAAGUUAAUCUCACAAACUGUGAUGCAAGAAAUCAUCAACUUCAUAUACACAGGCGCUUUGGACAGCAGUGCCUUCAAACAACAGGAGAUCAGACAGGCUGCGGAACUGCUCGGCUUCCACGAGCUCACCAAGCUGAGCCAAUUUAUACUGGACCAACAUCUCUUGUUUGAUAAGGGCUUCAUGCUACAGUUCCACACGCCUCUGGGUGGUCGUCUACGCGACAUGUACGUAGAACGCGCACUAUUUGCGGACGUAACGUUUGACCUGGACGACGGCAUACAUCUAGCACACCGCGCCGUGCUCAUGGCUAGGUGUGAUCCCAUGAAGGCAAUGUUCCAGGGACAUUUCCGGGAAAGCACUUCUAGAGUGAUAUCGUUUCCGGGUGUAAAAAUGUACGCGUUCCACAUACUCCUAAGCUACAUCUACAGCGAUAAGAUCCCAGCGGUGGACCCCAUGCGGUGUUUAGAACUGUUGGAACUAGCUAACAGGUUGUGUAUGAACCGCCUUGUGAAUCUAGUCGAGGCUAGAGUCAUAGACCAGCUGCAGCAAAGAGAUAGAGUGUGUGGUGAUGACGAUCAAGUUGUUGAAAUAGCACUGUCACUUCUAGAACCUGUUAAGCUCCACAACGCGCACAACCUGGCGGACUGGUGCAUGUGGCGGCUGUGCGGGGCAUACGACCGCGUGUGUCGCGCCAAGCAUCUCUCGCAGGCCUCGCGGGACUAUCUCUCCGACAACCGGUGGCCGCCCGUCUGGUACGUGAAAGAGUACGACUACUAUCAAAAGUGUGUGAACGAGCAGAGUAAAGAGCAGAAGGAGCUACGGCCCACGAAUUCAAUGCAAGCCAACCAGCAGACUGGCUGCCUAUGUUUUACUAGCAAGGUACGGCGGGACAGCGCGGCGGGCGCGGCCGACGUCACGACGGCGCUAUGUCGCGCCGGCGACGCGGGGGACGGCGGGCCCGACGCCAGGGACGGUCACGAAGCGCCGCCUCUCUGA